AUGCGGUCCCCAAACAUUGUGGACUGGGAUGGGCCCGAUGAUAUGGCGAAUCCCAUGAACUGGAGCGCGAAAAAGAAGAUGAUGACUGUUGGCACCGUCUCAAUCUUUAACUUCCUCACCCCACUGGGUUCCGCCAUGUUCGCGCCUGGAGUAGCACAGGUUAUGGAUGAAUUCAACUCGACCAGCAAGCCCAUCUCAUCCUUUGUGGUCUCAGUCUACCUUCUUGGAUUUGCCUUUGGACCUUUGGUGGUGGCGCCCCUGUCCGAGCUCUACGGUCGAUUGCCGAUCUAUCACGGCUGCAACGUUCUUUUCACAGUGUUUAAUAUUGCCUGUGCAGUGGCACCAGGGAUGUCAUCACUGAUUGGAUUCCGGUUCCUCGCUGGGUCGUUUGGAAGUGCGCCUUUGGCACUUGGAGCUGGAACCUUGGCUGAUUGCAUUUCCCCGGACCGUCGGGGGCUGGCAAUCGCGAUUUGGGCGGUUGGUCCUGUCAUUGGGCCGGUGGUUGGUCCGGUAUGCGGUGGAUUUCUUACCCAAGACGUGUCGUGGCGCUGGGUUUUUUGGGUGCUUGCUAUUGCGGCCGGCGUCAUCACCGUUAUCUCUUUUACAACCCUCCGCGAAACCUACGGCCCAAUCCUUCUUGUUCGCCGCGCCAAACGCCUACAACGCGAUGCCGGCAAUCCCCACCUACAGUCCACACUACACCCCAACUUGACCCCGAGGGCUCUAUUCACCAAGUCAAUCAUCCGCCCUCUUAAGCUGCUGGUCCUCUCGCCAAUCGUCUCCCUGCUUUCGAUCUACGUCGCUGUAAUCUACGGGUUCAUGUACCUUCUCUUCACCACCAUGUCGCAGGUCUACCGCGAUCAAUAUCACUUCUCUGUCAGCAUCAUCGGGCUCACCUACAUCGGACUGGGGCUGGGCUCGAUGGUCGGCCUCAUCGCCAUGGGCCGUCUCUCCGACCCGAUCUCGCGCCGUCUGGCGGUCCGGACCAAGGAAGGCGAGAGGAAACCCGAGUUCCGGCUGGCGCUGAUGAUCCCCUUGAGUCUGUGUCUACCGAUUGGGCUCGUGUGGUAUGGCUGGUCCGCGGAUAAGAAAGCGCAUUGGAUCAUGCCGAUUAUUGGGACGGGAUGGGUGGGUGUUGGGGUGGUGGCUGUGUUUGUA